GUGGAACAGAAAGUCCGCAGGGUGGAGUCUCUCUCUCUGCUCUGUGUGUUUGCCACUCUGAACUCUGUAUAGACGUACGCGAUGGAUGGCGUUUAUCAACAAGGAUGGAGCGAAGCCGUGGUGGAUAUUUUGGUUGAAUUUCUCGAGGCAGCCACGCACAGCUUGCUGCACUCACGGCGAACGUACCCUCAAGAUAUCUUCGAACGACGCCGGAAAUACGGCGUACCAGUGUGGAUGAGCCGGCAUCCCGAGCUGAACGCCUACAUAUCUGAGGUUUUGCUACGGGUGAAGUUGCUUAUGGAACAAGGAGUAGUUCGUAGAGUGCUUGUGUGCUUCUUCCUGGAAGAAGAACACGUGGACCAAGCCCCUGUCGAGAGAGUCGCGUUCGACGUUCGGGUUGACAACGACGGUGAUGACUCCGUGGACUCAACAAGUCUGCAGGACGUAGAAGAUCAGCUUCGAUCUGCGCUCCUCCAGAUUCAAAAAUCGUCGGCUCACCUACCGACGCGGCAAGGCUGCACGUUUGCGUUGCACGUAGAAGCCCACGAGGACAAUGAAGGCCAAGUCGGAAGACACGAUGCAACUCAGGAUUAUGCCCAGUCUUCACCUGUAAGGUCAGCGCUUCGGGGGGGCAAGUGGGUACUCGCGGACAGCGUUGCGCAAGGAGUGCUGGCGGAGCCAGGGCGACGGAGAAUAGUCCCCAUCAAGUCUGUGAGGGGCAGGGGCCUGAGCCUGAAUUUGUCGACGGAGAUGGGAGACUGCUCGGUGUAAAAAGUAUUGAACGUACGUUCACACACGACCCCGGACCGGAAAUGCCGUUUAUUAUAGCUGGAGAUAACUCACGGGUCGGCUCGUUGCGCAGAUCGUAGAGAAUGCACAGGGGAGCCUAGCACAAGCAAGGGCAGAGCGAUUUAGCUGAGAUUCCGCACAGCUUGGCUGAGUGCUCAUAAGGAUGAUUGUUGUUGUUUCCUCGUGACCCUGGGAAACACGCACUGCCAGCUUGAGGUUACGUGCUACGGAGUGGCUCCAGGGCAUGUAUUGAGCUGUGGCCUGGAAAACGGCUUGUCGCAACGCUUAUUGUCGCGGUCUGGUGGCACCUUGGCGGUAAAGACGUCAAAGGGUAGAUUUUUCAAUUGGAGUACAUAAGACACACGGUGCCCACAUCGUUGCGCUUCGGAACACGAAAACUCCUGAGAGAAAUACAACAGCCACGCAGAAGACAUCGAAUCUUGUAUCAGGCAACAAGACCCUAUUAUUCUACCUUGCCAUGAUCACCAUUCGCUGUACGUUCAUCUGAUUAGUUUUUGUCUGCUGCGCAGUGCCGGCAUGUGUGUUUUAGUCGUGGUAUUUGAGCCGAAUGAACGUGUCGUAUGUCUACAUAUUAUACGAUGGCACGUGGGGCCUUGUGUACAACACCUUUGACCGUUUGGUAAGAAGCGGCCAGUUUUGCCGUGAUCUAGUUCAGAGUGUCGAGUAAUCAUGUGUAUCAAAUUAGUGGCGUCACGGGUAAAACCAUUGACAAGCGAACGGUUUUGCUUCCUUCUCCGCAUCCUAGGAGUUUCCUUUGGCUCAAGCAGAUAACCCAGCCAUGUCACACCACGGUCGUUUUCUGAAGUCGCGCCUGCCUGCGCUGCUCUGCCCUGAAAGUCUUCGCCGACUUCGCCUUUACAGCCUCACGGUUUGGCACGAAGACCCCUCCGGUCUCUGCUGACAGAUCAUGCGUUGGUGAUUCAGACAGUUGGGCGGAAGGGUUGCUUGAGAACUAGCCAAGACACUGGGAUCCUAGAUGACCUUAUCACCUCGAUUGUUGCGUCCAUGAGAAAGUCACGGAGACGCCUACGUACUAUUGCACAACCACCCGCGCGUGUCGGACGUGCCUGCCAUGACCUGGUGGUGGCAACCAUCGAUGUGUUUGGAGGAAUAGCUAUGGUCAAGAUAUAAUG